CCUUACUCUUGCAUCUGAUGCUAUCCAAGAGAGAGGAAAGAAAAGAGUUAGCUCUACUUUGCAUGAUAAGAAAUGCAAGAAGGUUGGGGGUGCUGCACAACUAUCUUAGCAAUUGAGUCGUCUUAUUGAUGCAGUGGAGAAGAAAAGUACAGUGCCAUCCAAGAUGAUUGAUAAACCUGGACGUAGUAUCAAUGAGGUGAUGGACGUAGUGCAUAUGAUGCCUGAGAUGGUAGCACAACCUGAACUGCUUUUGAUUGCUGCUGAGGUGCUCCUUAAAAGAGAACAUCGAGAGAUGUUUAUGGCACUUUGAGAUACCAAUCUUCGAAUUGAAUGGCUCAAGCGAAUGUCAAACUUACAUAAGUAGUUGUUGACGUACUAUUAUGGCAAUAUGUUUUGUAGUUUUAAUUAUGAACUUCUAUUAUAGAAUGAUGAUGGACUAUAUGUAUUUGUGGUAUCUCUUGGAUAAUGUAUCGUGGAUGCUAUUGAUUUUAUGGAUAUUAUAGAUGUUAUGAUUUUGUGAUAUUAUAUGUAUUUGCAUUAUAUGUUUAUAUAUCAUUUGUUUUAUUUGCUACAGAUGUUUUAUUUUUUGCAUAAUAUGUUUUCUACAGGUAUGGGCAGCAUUGACAAUAGUUCUGAGGAGAAUUAUUCCAGUGAAGAUGAGAUAGUUGAUGAUGAUAAUUAUAAUAUUCUACUAACUGCAACUGUUGGUAUGGUUACUGAAUAUUACACAAAAUAUAUUGAAAAGGAGCCUUGUAGGACCUCUUAUCAAACCGGAUACAAGUUUGUAUCAGAAAUUUUACAUGGCAAUCCAUAUAGAUGCCAACAACAAUUUCGAAUGGAAAAACAUGUAUUUAUUAAUCUGUGCAUGGAAUUGAAAAUCAAAUAUGGUUUAAAGGCUUCUAGAUAUAUUCCUGUUGAGGAGCUGGUGUCUAUGUUUUUGAUGAUUCUAGGACAUGGGUUUGGGAAUAGGAUGGUUCAAGAAAGAUUUCAACAUUCCGGAGAAACAGUUAGUAGAUAUUUCACCCAUGUUUUAAAUGCUGUUUUAAGGAUGUCCAAGGAUAUUAUUAGCCCGCUGGAUAAAGAGUUCAAAAAUAUUCCAAGUAAAAUCCGCGAUGAUCAUCGUUGGUGGCCUUAUUUUAAGGACUGCAUUGGAGCAAUUGAUGGCACCCAUAUACCAGUGAAAAUUUCUCCAUCCAAACAAGUACCAUAUAUUGGCCGAAAAGGGAUUCCUACACAAAAUGUUAUGGCUUGUUGUGAUUUUGAUAUGCGUUUCACUUUUGUUUGUGCUGGAUGGGAAGGUACUGCUCAUGAUACUCGUAUUUUUUUAGAUGCUAUACACAGAAAAGAGCUCCAAUUUCCACACCCACCUAGAGGUAAAUAUUAUUUGGUGGAUGCAGGAUAUCCUCACAUGUUGGGAUAUAUGGGGCCUUACAAAGGGGAGAGGUAUCAUUUACCAGAUUUUCGACGUGGAAGUCAACCAAAGGGUAUGCAUGAAAUCUUUAAUCAUGCACAUUCCUCCCUGAGAUGCACUAUUGAGAGGACAUUCGGAUGCUGGAAAAGUAGAUGGAGAAUGUUGAGUACCAUGCCCAACUUUUCUUAUCAUAAACAAGUCCAAAUUGUGGUGGCUUCCAUGGCUAUUCAUAAUUUUAUUAGAAAUCAUGCAAUCAAAGAUUUGGAGUUUCAGCCUUAUGAUGAUAAUGAGGAUCUACUCCCUUCUGAUUGUUUAGAGAUUAAUGAACCACAGGAAGAACUGAGUGCAGAGCAAAGCCAAAUAUUGGGUAACUGUGAGAUGGAUAUUCUGCGUGAUCAUAUUGCUUCUCAACUUAUAGCUCGUUGACUUCUGAGUGCAGUGCAAUUCCACAUGUUGUUUUAUUUUGUAUUUGACCAAACAUGAAUGUUCGUUGUAUUUUUGUUGCUACUACGUCAACAAUGUAAAAAAGUAUGAACAAGGUAAAGUUAGAGAGGAUGGAUAUUAACUAUGUGCAAUCCUUGAUUAA